GGAGACGGUGGCAGGUGGCCGAGGGCGCGGCCCGUGACACGGCAGACCUGCAGGGUCACGGUCAGGGGAGUCAGGGCAGCAGACAACAGGAGUAAGCUGGCUGAUGUGCUGGAGCACUUGAUGUGUCAGUGUUAGAGUGUGACGCUUUUUCAUUUGAUAGCGGAAACGCGGCGAAGUGUACGAAGGUGAAUUGCUAAGUCGGAGGAGCAAGAAACCAGGCUGAAGCAUUGGUAAAGGCGAGGGAUCCUGCUGAAGAAUUGGCCGGCAAUCAAAAGUCGCAGGAAAAAACAUCGAGAGGACAACCCGCAGAAGAAUCGAAAGUCCUAACCCGCUGGAAAUUUAGCUAAGAGGCGCAUCGAAACUGUUUCAUAACACAUCAUCACUGCAGGGGACCAUUCACAACUCAUCAAGGCCAUCGAAGUUGCCCUGUCAUCAUCUAGAGCAUUUUGCAUCGCCAGCUUCCCACCAGCCCUCAAGCCGGGCGGGCGCCUGCGACAGCGGCGCGGGUGGAGCCCCACGUCCAUCCGUCCGUCCGUCCGUCCGUCCGCUGGCGGCCGGAGCCCGGCGGGGGGCGCUGGUGACCGGCGGCGCUGCGGCCGUCUUCCAGCCCUGAUUUGCACCGAUUUCUCGGCGAUAGCCGAUUAACUCCGCCUUUGCGGUGGCGCUGGGCGGCGCGUCGGCCGUCGGCAGCGCGGCUCCUCCAUGGUGCCCGGUCCGGCGGGCGGCCAGGUCCACCGGUGAGCCGGCCAGAACCCGCCCCCGAGGCGGCGCCGCGCCGCGCCACUGCCGACCGUCUCAGUUGACCAGAGCGGUGACCACGCGACUCGCGCGCGCCGCGGCGGUGAGCGAUACAGGGGGCGGGCUGAGGAGGAGCACGCCGAACGGAGGAGCAUUGGCGGUGCCCAGUGCCGGAAGGAGGACACGGUUUUGGACGACAACUCAGGACGGUGUCGAGGACAAGACACGACGGGGUUGUACGAGCACGUGCAGUGGAGCCCGGGACAUCAGUGCCGGUGGUCUGAAGUGGACUGGACCGCGACUGACUGCGAGUGACACUAGUGACUCGUUUAUGGACUCCGGAGAGACCAGCAGACUGUGAACGUGCCGGCGCUGACGCUGCUGAGCACCGCGCCGAGAUAGUGUCCCCGCUGGCCCCCUCGACCAGGACCGUGGAGUCGCCGGCGGCGGGCCCGGCCGCCGAGCCCGACCACCCGGUCUCCAGUGGGACCGCGUUGACCUGCGGGGACCUGAGGUCAACUCCGUCGGGCGCGGCGAUGUCGGCCGCCCUCACGUCAUCCCCGGUGACGCCACACCCGAGUAUGAGCAUGUACCCGGUGCAGGAGUUUGCCGCUCCGCCCAACAUGGAGAUGUCGCAGUACCAGUACUUCCCGUACCGGCCGCGACCUGAACAGCAGAUCUUCAUGCACAAGUCUGCGAUGCAGCUGCACGCUCGGGAGAUGCACCGCAGCGAGGUGAAGCCGCACCAGUGCCAGCAGUGUCUCAAGUCGUUCUCCUCCAACCACCAGCUGGUGCAGCACAUCCGCGUCCACACCGGAGAGAAGCCCUACAAGUGCUCCUACUGCGACCGGCGCUUCAAGCAGCUCAGCCACGUGCAGCAGCACACCCGGCUGCACACAGGUGAGCGACCGUACAAGUGCCACUACGCCGAGUGCGGUCGGGCCUUCAUCCAGCUGUCGAACCUGCAACAGCACCUGCGGAACCACGACUCGCAGAUCGAGCGCAUGAAGAACCGGCCGUUCCACUGCCAGAUCUGCGGCAAAGGCUUCGCCACCGAGAGCAGCCUGCGCACGCACACCACAAAGCAUGCUGCGCUGAUCGGUGGACCGAACGCCGUCAACUGCCCUCUCUGCCAUAAGAUGUAUCUGGGCGGUGCGGCGCUGAUGGAGCACAUGAAGCACGUGCACAAGGACCCCAACGCCUCGGGCGUGGCAGCUAAGCGGCGGACUCCGAACCAUCCCUGUCCGAUCUGCGGCAAGCAGUACGUCAACGAGGGCUCCUUGAGGAAGCACAUGGCCACCCACCCGGAGGCUGCCGGGCUGGCCUCUCCGCUGAGGAUGUGGCCCUGCUCCGUUUGCCAGGCCGUCUUCACGCACGAGUCCGCGUUCCUGACGCACAUGGACCACAUGAGGAUGGACCCGAAGCACCAGUUCGCCGCCCAGUACGUCCUCUCCCGAGCUGCCGCCGAGCGACGAGAGCGUGAAACUCUGCUGGCCGCCGCCGCCGCCGCAGCUUCCUCUUCCAUGUCAAUGGGUAUGAACGGCCACAUGUUCCCCAACAUGGGCAUGACGGGCAUGUCCAGCUGGGCUCCGACUCCGACCCCGAGCUCCGGCGCCGGGCUGGUGGGUGUGCCGGGCACCACACCGGGUACGCCGGUCACGCCGGGGGCUAACAGCGGGCCCGGACCGCUGGGCGGAGCCCCCGGAAUGCCUGCCGGUACUGGCACGCCCCUGACGACGGCCGCGUCGGCCACGUCGCCGUCGGCGCACUCUGAUUCGUCGUCUCGCAUCUCGACGCCGGCAGAGGCGAAGAUGGAGCCGCGCGCCGGUGGCGCCACCUCGAUGCUGCAGCACGCGUCGGUGCUGCCGCCUAACGGCGGACGGAUGGAGAUGGAGCGUGGAGGUGACCCGAUGGCCGGUCACAUGCCACCUCGUAUGGAGCCUCCCGGUCAUCAGCGGCUGGGUAUGCUGAACCGUCUGGGCAUGCAGUACCCGAUGGCGUCUCACUGUCAGACGGGGAUGUCAAUGGCUCCGGCACGUCCCACCGACAGCAUGAGGGCCAUGAUUCAGCAGACUCAGGCCGAGCUGGUCAAGUCUACUCUGACCUCCCAGGCGGAGAGCGCCCGCUCGCUGGACGUCCUCCGCUCUCUCACCACCCAGGCUGAGACCAUGGUGGUGCAGCCCGACUUCCGGUUCCUUCAGGCCGACCUGGCGAUCCGCUCGAGUCACGACGGCGGCGCUGUGCGGCCCGAGUCGGCGGGCGGCGGUCUGCAGGGCGGAGAUCAGCUCGGGGAGUCUCUCCGACUCCAGGACAGUCUGAGGCUGCACCACGACCCACGAGGAGCGCUUGGCUUCCUGCAGACCUCGCAGGGUGGAAACUGAGCUCCCUGGCCGGCAUCGAACGCCGUUAGCACACUGGACAGCGCCGGAUGUUCUGGGCUUGACGGGCGCCGCGCUGUAGUAGUUUCAAGUUACGAGAAUAGCCCUGCUAGGUACACGCUCUAGGACGCAGACAGAGUGAAGCAGGCUUGGCCGAAUUCGCGGCGCAGGAGCAGCUACGGUGUCACUACUUUGACGGGCCGUGGUGGGGUUGUGUUGACGUCAACGACAGCGUCUACAGACGGCGCCCGCCCCGCUCCCUGCCUGUCGCAGCUCUCUCCUGCUUUCUCUCACGUCUUCAGCUACAUUUCUACACGGUUCUGUGUCCAUGUUCGUAAUGUUGUCUCCAGCGAGCGGCGUGUUCAUUGUCGGCUUGAUUCGCUUGCGUUGGCGCCGGCCAACCAAUGACAGCGCGCCGUCACACGUGAUGAAAACCAAAGCAGCGUGCUGUCUCUCAAACGGUGUACAAUUUGAUCUCGAGGCGAGCCGCUGGCGGGCCGGCCAAAUGCGCUCUGAUGUUCGUCAUUCGGCCGGCCGUAUCGAAGCGGAGUGUUCGCUGUAAAUAGCCCACAGUUGUCGCUACCGUUGCCCAAUGCUGGAGCCGUAAGAUUGAUGUCCUAGCGAGGCAUUAAGCGCGUGAAUGAUACAUCAUCGUACUUUUGUCAUUUUUGUGUGGGUGUUGGUGAGGACCGAGGAAAAGCGACAGGGAUAGAGGGAUUUAGGCAGCUACAGGGAGGGAGGGAGCGCGCAGGAAUGUGCAGAGGGAUGUGAGAAGUGUCGAUAUCGUGGUCGCCAUCGGGUGCAAUACAGCUCCGUGUUAUGUGUAGAGGCGGUCCGUUCCGCCGCCCCUUGUGAUGUCGAGCGGCAUGUGGCGUCACAGUGUGACCUGUGACCUGUGACCUGCCGCUCUGUGACCCGUGACCGGUCCCCGGUCCGACCUGCCGCUCGCUGUGUGACCGAGGUCAUAGGUCGCGAGAUGACGGUUCCCGCCGAGCAGUAGUUCCAAUUUGAACAGAGCGCGUGUGCUGUCGUCUUUCCCCGUCCGCUUCCCAACAGUGCAGCUGUAGCAGCCUGUCCCAGCAUUUGUCAACAUGUUAUGUACUAUGCUUGGUUACGUUUUCUAUCAUCUUUCCUUACCAUCACAAAAAAUCGGACCUCAAUUCCUAGCGAUCUAUUCACAAAUUAUUCGACAUUCUUUCACAAAGCUUGCACAUAACUACAGAAAGUCUGUAGCCGAAAUUAUUCAUCCGUCACUUCCCUCCACAACUACCGAAUUAUCUUAGUCUAUAGAUCACUUCCCAUUUCAAACUAAAACAUCAGGCGGCGACCAGAGUUUGGCCUCUAGGUCAAGCGUCUGGUAGCACACAUCGGUUUCGACUCGUCCCUUCGCCGCCACAUCCCCCUCUUUAGCAGCGCUACGGUUCGCAGAGUGUAGAGUAGCCCCGCCCGCCGCUCUGAGUUGUUGUGACGAGGGCCCCCGGGGGCCCCAAUGUGGGCCUCAGGGCCCUUUGCGUGGCUCCCGGGGCCCUCGACCUCGCUCUCAUCCGCCGUCGCCGUCGCCGGUGCGUCCCGCUGUGUUUCCAUUAUUGUUGGUGAUUUGUAAUGCUGCAUUACCUGGCAGUGCUGGAUGUACGAGUAUGUGUUGGUGUUUGACAAUGUCGUGUAGCCGUCUGGUGAAAAUACAUGGUUCAGUGCAACGUU